UUUUGACGUCGGAAAAGAGCAGGUCACGCUGUGCAGAGUAUGACAGCACGCCACCGGCUUAAGUCUAGGCUAUGAGACUCAGAGAGAGACAAAAAAUCAUAGACUUCACUAAAAAGCUUCUCAUAUUUGCAACUUUCAGUCACGCUUGUUGUUGCGGUCAACAGAAUGUGUCAUCAGAGACGCAAGGAAUUUUUCGUCGUCUCAUGAGGCAAGGUUGCUUUGGUGGCUUAGCGAAGCGGCAAAUCGUUACAGUUUCAUAAAGUUACUUCACUGUGAAGAGAACUACUUAAGCAGAUAUCUUGUCAACGUGGGAUUGACUGCAUAAAAAUCGCAUUAAGAGUUGAAGGAGAGUCGGUAAGGUGAGGCUCCAACGAUGAUGUGGGGCCAGGCAAUGAGAGGAAUUCUGGGAUUGAUUUGUUUCAUUGCUCCAAUGGGCCGAAUGGAAAGUGAGAGCGACCUGGACUUUAAAAUGUGUGGAACAUGGCUUCACGGCACUGGCCACAGGAUCCUGAAGUAUGCCCUGACCAAAGGCUGUGGCUCCCCCAACAUCAGUGCCCUUAACAUCAGCGCCAACAAGACCACCCUCUCCAUCACAGGCACCAUCACAGCCAGCCAUGAAUCUGUGGGCCAGAUCCAACUGAACGACACCACCUGGGGGGACUCCAGCCCAUUCUGCGUGCUGUGGGAGCCACUGGUGGACCGCCUGCGGGUCGAGGUGAACGGGCGGAACUACACCGUUCUGAGAUCAGCCGGGCUGCAGGAACGCUGUUGCACGGACCUUUCCUCCAAAGAUCAGACUUCAGCUCAAACCUCAUAUGGCAUUGUAAAUGGCAGCAUGCGAACCGAUGUUAUGAGCUAUAAAACACAAGGGACAUUUGGGUUCUACGGACAAACCAUCAACUGCAAGAAAGAAUUUUGUGAAGAGGCCCAGGAAGCAACCAGAAAAGUCAAUAUAAUUGAGGAAGCAAUGAUGAAAUCCGGUGUACUGGGCAUUGUAAAUUCUGCAUGUUUUCAGGGAGAAGUUAUGGAGAUGGAUGCUGACUUCACAGGGCGUGAUAUAACAUUUCCGGGGGAAGGGACUGCAAGGGGACCUCGCCCAUCAAUGCGACGACCUGCAGUGCAUCUGCCGGCCUGUUUAAAACCUGAUAGGCCUGGAGACAUGAAAGCCAAAGUUGUGUGCACCUUCUUCAAGAACAAUACCAUAUUUAAAAUUAAGGAGAAAGUAAUAGAGAGAAAACAGCCAAACGCAUGGAUCCUGGAGGAUGUUGUGGGAAUUUCAGUCGAAAAUGCGAUCAUCAGCGGACUCCCUGAGCCUGUCAAGAUUGGCUUCCACCAUCCUGCUCUGCCAAAAAAUCAUUCUAGAAAAUGUGUUUCUUGGGACACAAGAACAGCACCUAAUGAGGUUGACUGGAAGACUGAUGGUUGCAAAACUGUACCGAUAGGUGAGGAUAAGACAGAAUGCCACUGCAAUCACCUGACCUACUUCUCCAUUCUAGUGCAAAUUGAACAACGUGACUCACAGUGCCAUCUAGAGGCCUUGACUUUUAUUACAGCCGUGGGAUGCUCUGUAUCAGUCCUCAGCUGUGUCAUCCUAUUCUAUUCGCUCUGCAAGAAGAGAAAAAAUAAAUCUAAGGACCAAUCCUCGCCGAUCCACCGCGGCCUCGUGGUGACCCUGUUCUUCCUCAGCCUGCUCUUCAUUCUGACUGGUGUGUUGGCUAACGUGGGAGGGGAGCCUAUGUGCCGAGUGGUGGGCGCGCUGUUGCACUACGCCCUGCUCUCUUCCUUCUGUUGGAUGGCCGUGGAGAUCUUCCACACCUUCUGGAUGGUCUACAUGAUCUUCAGCUCUCCGCCAAAACCAGUCAUCUGGUACAUGCUGGGAUUCGGUAUUCCUGCUCUCCCAGUUGGUAUUCUGGUCUCCAGAGAUGACAUCUACGGCUUGAGAGAAGUUAGACCCAGCGGUGAUGUUGACAAUCCUUACAUGAUGUGUUGGAUGAAGGACAACAGCAACGCCUGGCUGGCUCACUACCUGACCAAUGUGGGCUUUCUCUUCCUCCUGAUCUCCACUGGGCUGGUCAUGUUGUUUGUAGUCCUCAGCAAGAUCCGGAAACGAGAUGAGUGGCAGAAGAGGAAGCUUGCAUUCCUCAGCAUGUGGGGCCUUAGCUGUCUCUACGGGACCACAUGGGCGUUUGGCCUGCUGGAGAUCGGGCCUUACUACUGCCCAGUCACCUUCCUCUUCUGCAUUAUCAACACUUUACAGGGUUUUUUUAUAAUGGUGCGGUACUAUAUCCUGGAGCGGAUUCGAAACAGCAAGGAGUCAAUUCUGGACGGAAGUACCUCAGGAUCCACACGACAACACAUGCUACAAGCCCAAGAAAGGAACUAAGGAAAGUGUGUUUCAGAAUGAAAGUGGAGGACAAUAAUCUAUGUUGCCUCACAACAACCAAUGUUUUUGAAAAGACUAUAUUACUUGGCCAGUUACCAGAGUUGUCAAAUAUCGAAUGUUCUGAAAUUGUAUUUUCUAG